UUUAAUGAGUUUUAAUUAAUUUAAAACUGACAUCGACUGUAACGGAUCCAAUCAUCUAAUUCGAAAUGUUCCCACAUGUGUAGUAACCCUUCUGCAUCCUCCUAUUCUUAAUAUUAUUUAUUAUUUUCAAAACAAAUCCUAGAUUUACACAGAAAAAGUUUUUAUUUUCAUUUGUAAAGCGGAAAAACUAUACUGAAUCAAUUUUCAAUCAGAUCAACAGUCACUAACAGAGUUUGAACUAGAUGCUCAAAAAUGUCUUCAGAAUCUACAAAUGGCCCGAGUAUGAACCGUUUGUCGAGUUCAACAUUAAAACUAAUAAGCAGUGCACAGGUCAUCACUUCGGUCUCAACUGUUGUAAAAGAAUUGAUUGAAAACUCCAUCGAUGCAGGAGCAACAAACAUUGAAGUGAAACUGGAAAAUCAUGGUUUAGCUAGGUUGGAAGUGAAAGAUAACGGAUGUGGAAUCAAAAAGCAGGAUGUUCCUUUUAUGUGUAAAAGAAGUUAUACUUCAAAGAUCAGUGAUUUUUCUGACCUAGAAAAGCUGAACAGCUAUGGAUUUAGGGGAGAGGCUUUGAGUUCCCUUUGUGCUGUGGCCGAAGUGUCAAUAACAACCAUGACUGAUAAGGAUGACAUCGCUCACACUUACACUUUUGACAAUAAUGGUGAUAUUGUUUCAUCUUGUAUUUCCCAUUUAAAUAGAGGCACGUCUGUUGUCGCCGUUGAGCUUUUUAAAGCUUUACCAGUCAGAAAGCAGUUCCUAAAUAGUGGCAAAAGGCGAAGCGAGGAACUGAAAAAAGUCGAAAUCCUAGUUAAAAACUUGGCCUUGAUUAACCAGGGUGUUAGAUUCGUACUGUCACAUAAUAAAUUUACAAUUUGGCAGAAAUCCGGCGUCAGUUCACUUAUGCAGUCUUUCGUUCAAGUGCUCCCUCCGACAAUAGUCAAGCAGUUGCAUGAAAUAGACCAUGAAGAAGGAAAUAUCAAACUUAAAUUAGUUGUGCCAAACCGAGAGUGUAAUGUUUCGAGUACGUGCUAUGGAAAUCCAAUGGAUGCCAUAUUUUUAUUUAUAAAUUCUAGACCUAUAAGAGACAAGCAGAUAGAAAAGGCCAUUCAUGAAGAAGUGUAUCAAUUUUUUGGACCAUUAAUCCCUGUAAAUAAGUAUCCAACAUGCUUAAUCACAAUAUCUUUACCUCCUGAUAGUCUGGAUGUGAAUUUGGAACCAAAUAAGACUAAAGUUCUCAUCAAAGAUUUGGAUAUUCUAAUAAAAUUAAUUAAAAGAUUAUUGAUUGAAUAUUAUGUGGGAAAUAUGGAACCGCCUAAACCUACCCAGGAAGUGAAAGUAACGAAGCGAAAAAAAGACGACGGUUUUGUAGAAGUCUCCUCAAAAAUUCCAAAAAUAGACAGCGAAUUCGAUCUGCCAGUUUUAUCACAGGAGACAGAAAGUGAAGUUUUAAAUGAUGAAUGCAACAAAUCAUCACCGAUGGAAAACAAUUCAUCAUCGCAUUUAGCAUCUCAAGAUGAAUCGGUUAAAACCAGUUUAAAUCCUACCUCGCCCCAAAGAAAUAACAAAAACUAUCCAUCUUCAAGCGAGUAUAUUGAAAUUAAUUCGGAUUCGGCUGAAAAAGGCGAAUUUACGACAAGACCAGUGGAAAGUUCUCUCUUCAAGAUGACCGACAGUACGAAUCCGUCUCUGUCUGAAACCGAGAAACAUAUUAAUGAUCUGGUUUUGUCAAUUUUCAAACAGGAAGAUGCUUCCGAUGAGACUUACUGCGAACCUAUGGUGGAAGGCGAAAUGAUGAAUGAUCUAUCCAGUUUAGUAGACGAAACCCAAAAUAAUUCUUCUACAGAAAAUUCCUCAGUUGAUAAACCAUUAAGUACAUUAUCUGCCCACUGUGUUCUUACAUCAUCAGAUUGGAGCAGAGGCAAUGUUGAAUUUAACGGGCAGUCUGUACAAGGAACGACUGUUAUAGCACAACAGAAUGAAAGCAUGCUAAACUACACAGGCUUAGAAACGUCUUGUACUUCCCAGCUCAGUGAAAGAAGCGUCAGUAGUCAAAUGGGGCAAAAAGAUAUGGCUGCUUUUACUAAGUUCGCACGAGAAAUGAGAGCACAAAUUAUCAAGCAAUCCCCAGGCAUUUCGUUUACAUCAGUUGCAAGCGAGUUGUCGUCAAGAUGGAAAAAUCUACAUGAAAAUGAAAAGCAAGUUUACAAAGAACAGUCCAAAGCUGAGAAGGAAUGUUUGAAAUUGAAAAAACAAUCAAAUAAAGCAUCUCCGAUUAUGAAAAAGAAAGAAGAAAGAUCUGUAAAGAAAGUCUACCCAAAAGUCACCCUUUGGAAAAUUUCUACAGACAAAAUUAAAGAAUUCAUCAGCAGCCGUGAUAAAACAGUACAUUCGGAACAAUUUGAGGUACUAGGCAGGCUAAAUGACAAUUUAAUUGUUGUACAGGAAGAUGAAAGCAUAUCAGUUUUUAGCAGCCAGAGAUUAAAUGAAGCUAUGAAACUCCACAACAAUAUUUCACAUAUGUCAGUGCCUAUAAAAGUCCUCGAAAACAACAUCCCAAUCCUGAAAGAAGAUAUUGGAAAAGAGCUUUGGGACACUUUGCUAUCACUGGAAACAACUUUUGAUGAAAGUGUUGGCAAAACAGUAAUUUGCAGUGAAAAAAUCACAAAAAAUGGUCUAAGAAUUGAAAAAUUUGAAGAUGGAACUAAAACUUCUUUCUUUAUAACUGAUGUUCCAUUGAAUAUAUCAUUUUUUGGUAUCGAUGACCUUCUCGAAAUACUGGAGGAGAUUAAAGAUAGAAAAGGUCUCUGCAAGAUGUUAAAUUGCAGACCUAUGAAAGUCCUCAGCUACAUAAGGAGCGAAACGUUGCGCUCGCUUUCAAAUCACAGUCCAAAAAUCAAUGAUAGUUAUGUGAAGGACGUUUACAAGUUUUGGAAGGCCAAGGUAAGACCUUCAUCCUGCAAUUGUCCCCAUUUCCAUCCAAGAAGGAGCAGCCGUCUCACCCAUGAGACUGGAACUACUGUGCUAAGGUUCUAGCUAGAAAAAUGGCUUGCAAAAGAAAACUUUAACACUGGACAAAUGCACCGUGUAUGAGGCAAAGAAAUAGAUUUAUAAAACUCUCAAAAAGGAAGAUGAAGGAACUCCUCUUAACUACACCUAAAUAAGGUGGACAAAGCAGACUGUCAGAUUAGCCAGAGACAUCGGCGCAUUUCCUAUGUCAAUGUGAGCCACUAGCAUGUAUAAUUUGUACAUGUAAGGCAAUUCUCACACCAAGGGAAAGGCAAGUGCUUUUGUGAGAAAAAGUGUACUUCCUCUGUAAUGUCUUAAUAAUAUGGGCUUCACUAUAGACCAUAGACCUAUAAAAGUUGGAAUCCUUACUUGACAAAAAAAAGUAGCUGUUACUGAAACAAGUCAGAAAAAAUAAUUGCUUAGAUUCUUUAUAAUCUGGGAGAAGGAUUUAGUUUUCAAUGAAAUACUCUAUACAGAAUACAAUGCAAUCUUUCAUUUAAAUUGGAAUAAAAUAUGUCUCUUUUUAUAAUGACUACUUUUAAUAUACAAGCAAAUUGUAUUGGUUUUUGGUCUUACUUUCAAUGAACUUUCUGAAAAGGUAGCAGUUUUCUCAAAUAGGCCAGACAUUAAAAAGAAACUGUUUCAUGAGUCACUCAAUUCAGCAAGAAUCUGUUCAUGUACCUACAGUACAAAUCACUAAAAUAGGAGAAUACAUUGCUUAUUGAUUUUAGGCCUAUCAGUGAUUACCACAGAAAAUGAAGUUAGUAUAUCCGAUGUGUCAUAACAAUGAAAAAGAAAAUGUACA